AAGGGAGAAAGAAAGAAAGAGUCGUCCUCCCCCACCAUCCCCCCCUUCCCAACAAACCGCACUCCUCCAUGGUAACUGCCAAGAUGGGACAAAAGGUGAAUAUCGCCACACCCAAUCAAUCUCUCCCGCCCUCACCAAAAAGCCUGUCAAGCUAACCUCCUACUUUCCAGGUAAUGCGCCUACCCCCUCUGAAGAAAUUCCGCAUCAAAAAACCCGAUGAACCGGAGGUCAACCCGUGUCUCGCCGUCAUGGCAUCACUGCUCGGAUGCUGGGCGUCGCAAGGCUUUGCGCCCGAGGGAUGCGGGAGGAUCGAGGAGCAGCUGAGGAGCUGUAUGGACGCUAAGGUUCGUCAUAAAGCCUCCACCUGAUUUGAGAUACAGCACGAGCGGGGUUGGUUGCUGAUGGGGGAAUGACAGAAACAAGCCCCACCACCGAGGAACAACAUCAAUUAUCAUUUAGGGAGGCUAUACCCCCUUAUGCGACCACAGCAUAAGAAGCAGAAGGGGUAUCAGUGAAGGGUUUGGAAGGGCUUUUGUAAGAUACGGUGCGGUGCAAGAAGAAGACGGAGAAGGGGCAAUACAGGGGGUUAACCUGAGCUUCUACCCGCUACUUUUUUAUGUUCAUGUGCACGGGUAUGUUGGGUAGUACGUAUUUACAGAGUUCCUUUCCUUGAGGGCUCGAGUGAUUGAUAGCCAGGGGUGUUUAUUGUGUGCGCUCCCGGUAUUAUGGAUGGCCGUUUUCUUUUUUCCUUCUAUCAUACGGUGGGGUAGUGUGGAGGGUUAUGGUACGAGCGAAGCUUAGCCUGGGGCAACGAGCUUCUCCCCUUCCAUGAAGGGAGUGUGAUUCCAAGCUUGGGCAAGGAAAUCAAUCGCGUCAGG